GUGUCGUAUCGUCGGCGAGAUAGAGCGCGAGUUCUCGGCGAGGUUCGACCACAAGAGCACGAGAUACAAGGGAAUGACGAAAAGAGGUAGCCGACGAGCCGCCGCUAGGACAAGCUUGUGUCUGCUGGCGGCACUCGUGCUGUCCUGUAUCACAAGUGGCAACAGGGCUUACACGAUUCCGCGAGCAGAAUCGCCAGGUAUCUUCAUCGCCGAUUCCGCGGAUGAGGCGGAUAUCAUGUUGGUGAACCACCUGAAGCAGUUGAUCGAGAAAAAGCAUCGAGUAGUCGAGCAGGAGAACGAGAUCACCGACGAGCAGAUCGAGAUCCAGGCACUCCUGGAGGCGAAGGCGAGGGAACGAGAGCGUGCGAUGUUAAUGGAACAACCGCCACCGGACUACUCCUCUGGAGAAGCGGAACCGGAAGCGCUGCCAGUACCCGCGGCUAUGAUCCACGAUCAUCAACAUCCAGGCAAACGACAAGGUGUGAAUGCAGUCAGUUAUAUGUCCCUGUGCCACUUCAAGAUCUGCAAUAUGGGACGUAAGAGGCAAUCAAAAUAAAUCUCCGUAAAAGGCAGUCGCGAGAAGUUCGAAACGGACGGCGGAUGCGGCGAGGAGCUGAGGAGCUGGGAGGGGACCUCAUUGUGCUUUAAGAAAAACAUUAAGUAACAGAUCAAUAAAAAAAACACAUCUUGCUACAAUCAA